AUGAUUCUUCCAACUAAACAAGCAGGUUUGGUGAUUGACAAUUUUAUCGCGAUCGACCUAUUUGGUACCAAUCCAGAUGUCAAGUACUGUUUCCUCUCCGGUGCUAAUCCUUAUCAUUGCCACAAGUUAACUAGUAAAUGGCAAAAUAAUGGAAUAUAUUGUUCACCGAUAACAGCCAAAUUGUUAUCUGUGAUAAGUUCUCGAAGAAAACGAUACAGGAUAUUGAAUAAAUGGAUUCGACCAUUAGAUUUGAAUGUCUGGCAUAAAAUGAACGGAUUUCGGGUGAUGCUUAUAGAUGCAAAUCAUGCACCUGGUUCUGUUAUGUUGAUCAUUGAAGGUGAACAUCGUACUACUCUGGGCCGCAUCUUGUAUACGGGUUUUUUUCGAGCUGAUACAAGAUUUUAUCAGAAUGUGAUCGCUUUAUCAGCACUGCAAGAGAAAAAAUUUGAUGUCAUUUGCAUCGAUUCAAAUUACGUUGAUUUCACGAGAGAGGAAUAUCCAAACAGGCGAUCUUCAGCAAAGGAAGCGGCAAACCUUCUUCGGAUACUGAAAUAUAACGGAGUUGAUAACGUAGCUAUACCGGUGCCUAUAAUUGGUUGUGAAAGUUUUCUAGUCAACAUUUCUCGCGAACUCAAGUGUAAAAUUUGGCUGCAUCCGGAACGCUUUGAAAUUGCUCAGAUUCUCGGAAUAGAUGAUUAUUUUUCGGAAACGAAAGGCGAUACUUACAUUUGGACUUGCUCACAAAUAGAAAGUCGAGAAGUUCUUUCAACAACUGAUUCUCAUAUUAUCAGGAUUUCCAUGGCACCUUAUGUUAUGCCAAAUAUAUCAUUAAACGGUGAACGAGAGCAUGUGAUCCAGUAUUCGGAUCAUUGCAGUUCAGGGGAACUACGGUCAUUCCUCUCGUUAUUGACGUUCUCUCGCAUAACUGCCAUCUCAAACAAUUCAUCACUUUUGGUAGAGGAUAAAUUGCAAAAUUUAAGUUUCUCUGAAACAGAAACAGUGUAUUAUUGCAAAGAAGAACAUGACAAUCUGGACGAGUUAUUGGUUGAUUCAUUCAGACAUUCAUGGGGAGUUGGAUUAGCUUUUGAUUACGUAUUCAGAAAGUUUUAUGAUCAAUUGUCUACAGUCGAAAAUUUAACGAGUGAUGAAAAUGUGGGGGAGAUGUUAUCAGAAGCAAGUUGUGCCGACAAUUUCAUCAGCGAACAACAUUUAGAAAUGAACAUUUCUAGUGUCGAUCUACCUGUUGAUAUAUCAGAUACUUGGGAUUCAAAUUUAAAGACUUAUUCAUGCAGAAAGCUUUUUACCAAUUUCGUUAGUGAUGUUCUGCAUGGUAAUAAUGAAAGUGAUACUGAUAGAAGGGAAGAUAGACUUGAUGAAAUGGCGAUAUUCAAUAUGGAAUAUGCGAGAGAUGACGCGCAGAAAAUGGAAUAUUCUUCGCAAAGUACUUAUGAUACAAAACUGGUAAUCGGAAUUAUCGAAAAGCAGUACGAUGUGUCAGUCAUAUUGGAUUAUCUUGCAAGCACAUUUUAUACAAAUUAUACUGAUAAUGAUUCUACAGAGGACACAGAAUUUCUUUCUUAUAUGGGUAUUUCGGAAUUCUUCAAUGAUUUCAACAAUUUGUUCGAGGAAUACCGGGAGAGCAACAUAGGAGCAAUGUCAGUUGGAAUUAUGAAUCAAUCAUAUCAUGUUGAAGAAAACAUUUGUUACGACCCUUCGAAUGCACCAACACUUCCGAAUGUUGUGCAUGAAUUAUUGGAUUGGAAUCCUAUUUUAGAGUUGCAACAGGACGACUUUAUGUCACCACAAUUAAUUAAGACGCUAAGUAGUACAGUAUUGAAAGAUUUGAUGAAAAACAACAAUUGA